GGGCUGAACUUGAGUCUGCUGAGAAAGAGGGAAUCACUAUUCGAGGGCACUGUGUAUGCAGUCUGGUCAGCUGCAGCUGGUUACAGCGUUUCUCCAUGUGGCAGACAGAGCAAAGCCACACGCUUUCUCUGCUGGAUUAAAGACAGCCCGCAGACCAGAACUUCCACUCCACUACUUAAAAUGACAUAGGUGGCUUGUCAAAUUCAAUUGAUUAGUGUGGUAAGAAGAAAAAGAAGCUCCUUAUUACAGCCUGGACUCAGCGGCCCAAAACAAAGAUGCAGUUGCCAUUAAAGUCACAGAUGAACAAACUCCUACACUGAUUUUUAAAAGCAAGAAUAAGAGCGGCAAGUUUCUGGCUUUUCUUUACCAACAGAUGCAAAAGAAGACGUUACCCAAACUCAUUUCAAAAUGAAGGCUUUUAUCUGGACCCUAAGUGUGCUCCUCUUCCUGUUAAUGGGCACCGAACACUGCAGAGGAGAAUUCAAAAUAAAAAAGAUAACCCAGAGGAGGUAUCCCCGGGCCACCGACAGUAAAGAGGAGGUCAAGAAGUGUGCGUACACGUUCCUGGUCCCCGAACAGAAAAUAACAGGGCCGAUCUGUGUCAACACCAAAGGGCAAGAUGCAGGCGCCAUUAAAGACAUGAUCACCAGGAUGGACCUGGAGAACCUGAAGGACGUGCUGUCCAAGCAGAAGCGGGAGAUAGACGUGCUGCAGCUGGUGGUGGACGUGGACGGAAACAUCGUGAACGAGGUCAAGCUGCUGAGGAAGGAGAGCCGGAACAUGAACUCGCGGGUUACCCAGCUCUACAUGCAGCUGCUGCACGAGAUCAUCCGGAAGAGGGACAACUCACUCGAACUUUCCCAGCUGGAAAACAAAAUCCUCAACAUCACCACAGAAAUGCUGAGGAUGGCAACAAGGUACCGGGAGCUGGAGGUGAAAUAUGCUUCCUUGACUGAUCUUGUCAAUAACCAGUCUGUGAUGAUCACUCUGUUGGAAGAACAGUGCCUGCGGAUCUUUUCCCGACAAGAGCCCCAUGGGUCCCCCCCUCUCGUCCAGGUGGUGCCGCGGCACAUUCCCAGCAGUCACCAGUACACGCCUGGGCUGCUGGCAGGUAACGAGAUACAGAGGGAUCCGGGCGAUCCCCGAGAUCUAAUGCCACCCCCUGAUCUGCCGACUUCUCCCACCAAAAGCCCUUUCAAGGUACCACCAGUAACUUUCAUCAAUGAAGGACCAUUCAAAGAUUGCCAGCAUGCAAAAGAGGCUGGCUACUCAGUCAGUGGAAUUUAUAUGAUUAAACCUGAAAACAGCAAUGGACCAGUGCAGUUAUGGUGUGAGAACAGUUUGGACCCUGGGGGCUGGACUGUUAUUCAGAAGAGGACAGAUGGCUCUGUCAACUUCUUCAGAAACUGGGACAAUUAUAAGAAAGGGUUUGGAAACAUUGACGGAGAAUACUGGCUUGGAUUGGAAAAUAUUUAUAUGCUUAGCAACCAAGAUAAUUACAAGUUGCUGAUUGAAUUGGAAGACUGGAGUGAUAAAAAAGUCUACGCAGAAUACAGCAGCUUUCGCCUGGAACCUGAAAGUGAAUUCUACAGACUGCGCCUGGGGACUUACCAGGGAAAUGCAGGGGACUCUAUGAUGUGGCACAAUGGCAAACAAUUCACCACACUGGACAGAGAUAAGGAUAUGUAUGCAGGAAACUGUGCGCACUUCCAUAAAGGAGGCUGGUGGUACAACGCCUGUGCGCAUUCUAACCUGAACGGAGUGUGGUACCGAGGAGGCCACUACAGAAGCAAGUACCAAGACGGAAUCUUUUGGGCCGAAUACCGAGGCGGGUCAUACUCCUUGAGAGCAGUUCAGAUGAUGAUCAAGCCUAUUGACUAAAGGGAGACCAGACCGUCUACAACUUAAAUAGAACUGUAUUUUUCAGUCCCUGAAAAUGUAAAUUUUACAUGUAUAUGAUUUUGCACAAUCCAUUUCUACAGAUAUAAUUUUUUAAACAAAUUUUACCGUACCUAUAAAAGAGAAUUUAUGAAUAUGGUUUCAUUUUCCCUCAAUAUACAGCAGAAUAUUAUUAGUUGCCAUAAUCUUAGUUACUUUAAAAAUUACAAUGACUAAAUAUGGGCAAACCUUGGUUUUUGCAAUGUAAAUAUUUGCCACAAAGUAAAACAAACAUCAGCUUUACUUUAAAUCAAAAUUGAAUACAUGUUCGACAUCUUUACCAAUUUAUUUAAAAACUCUGAGAUUUUUCUUCCUAUGAAAAAUUAUUUUUAAAGAUUUCAGUCAAGUCAUACAUUUUAUUUAUAAAAAGACAGGAAAUUAGAGAAAACUCUAGUUUUGCCAAUAAAAAUAUGUUUUGCAUUAAAUAAAAGUUAUUUCAAAUGGAAUCUGUGCCUUUCACAUGAAAUAAUUAAAUCUAAAUUCAUAACAGUAUUAUUUUAUGCAAAUUUCCCAGAAGAAUUAAGUGACCCACAGUAUUAAAAUGUUAUUU